UCCGGACUGAGUGCAAGGUGACUCGGAAGAAUCACCAUGAUUCUUCAAAGGCUCUUCGGGUUGUCCUCUCUCAUUCGGUCUGCGGUCUCAGUUCAUUUGAGGAGGAACAUUGGUGUUACAGCAGUGGCAUUUAAUAAGGAACUUGAUCCUGUACAGAAACUCUUUGUGGACAAGAUUAGAGAAUACAGAACUAAACGACAGGCAUCUGGAGGACCAGUUGACACUGGCCCAGAAUACCAGCAAGACCUCGAGAGGGAACUUUUUAAGCUUAAGCAGAUGUAUGGUAAAGCAGACAUGAAUACAUUCCCAGACUUCAAAUUUGAAGAUCCUAAAUUUGAAGUCAUUGAUAAACCCCAGUCUUGAAGAAAUAAUGUAAAAUUUAUUCGAUAAUUUGUUCUAGAUUCGUUGUACAUCUGGAUCAGAAUAAACAUACAUUUCUCAACUGUCAAA